CCUCCCGUCGACCAGGGGGCGCCGGCCGCCCAGAAUCCGGCGGCCCCCGGGGGUGCGUGCGCGUGUCCCCCAAGCACAAGGCCGACGCUGACGCGCACCCACCUCCUCCCUGCCUCCCUGUCUCCGUCUUAUCGCCAAGCCUCCGCCCCGUCCGCGCCUAGAAAAAUAGCGGAGCGCCAGCGCCGCCCCCACACCCCCAACCCGCUAUAAGACGACCGCGGACGGCAACGCCUCACCCACCUUGGCUUCCCCCCCCCCCCCCCUUCUCAGAUCCGCGGCUGCUCGAUUCUGAUCCCCCCUUCGUUCGUCUGAUGAUCUCCGCGCCUCUGCGUGUGCCGGCGCCGAGGGCCGGCGCCGGGAUCGGGACGCCGCCGUUCCGGUCCGCCUCGGCUUCCUCCGCGCCCAAGCUCGGCAGGAUCCGGUGCGCCGCCGCGGCCGCACGGCCGGCGGGGAGGGGCGCGCCCACGCUGUACGAGGUGCUGGGCCUGCGCGCCGGCGCCACGGUGCGGGAGAUCAAGGCGGCGUACCGGCGCCUGGCGCGGGAGCGGCACCCGGACGUGGCGGGCGCCGCGCCGGGGGCCGCCGCGGAGUUCGUCCGCCUCCACGACGCCUACGCCACGCUAUCCGACCCGGACAGCCGCGCGCGAUACGACGGCGCCGUCGCGGUGGCCGUGGCCGUGGCGCGGCGCCCGUACCCGCGCUGGGCCGCCGGCGCCGGCUACGGCCGGCCACGCCGCACCUGGGAGACGGACCAGUGCUGGUAGUAGCAGUAGGACCUGGACCGUGCCGUGCUUGUGAUUUGUGAAUAGUGUUAGCUACAAAGCACCUCCUGCCGCCAUGCGGCCAUGGCGGCUCACCUUGGAUUUUUAGUACCGGUGGCCAUCCAUGUGACUCCAUCUCGUUUCCGUCCUUCUUCUUGCACUGCUGUGUCUGUGUAAGUGUAAUGUAAUCUUGAGAAGCGAUUGCGAACAAAUUGACCUAUGUAAGGUGACUGCGAGGUUUGAAGGAAGUAGCCCUGCCUCCUCCGUUGAAUCUAAUGAGAUGUUCUUCUCUUGUACUA